AGAAAAUGUUAUGUAGCGUUAGUCAUCCCUUCUCACUCCGAGUGUGUGGUCUUUGUGGUGAUUUAUUCAUAAUGCAUGAAGGAUUUAUAUCCCGAUAAGGACAGGGACCCAGUUAGAGGCAGCCUGAAAACUGGUAAGACACCCGGAGAGUUGAGAAGAGUCGGGUGCGGCAGCCGCUAAUGAUAGCUAGCUUGAUAUGGCAAUUUCCUGUAGUCAUUUAAAUAUGUUUACAGGAUGAAAUACCCUCAGGACCAUUGCUUAAAAACGUAUCCUCGACGUUAGAUUUAGCAAUGUUAGCCAUCAGAUCGUCAGAGGAGGAGUCCGCUGAGAUUGAGGAGAUGGACACCUCAGAGCCCAACUGGUGCUGGUUCUACCUGGCUGAGUGUGGGGUGUGGCAUAUGUUUGAGAUUGAUCCCAGUGCGGCGUGCUCUGUGACGAGCGCUCAGAUUGAGCAGUGCUACAACAGAAACCAACGAGGUGUCAUGGAAUUCUACACAGCCAAGUACACCUACAGACUGGACUUCUCAGUUAUGCGGCAGAUAAAUGUAACAACAGGAAAGCAGCGGCCAAUCAAACGCUCCCUCCACUCUGCGACUGGCUUCAGGUUUAUUUGUGAUAAUCUGGCCUUGCCUGUUCCUUGUCACUGGGAGAGAAUCAAUACAGAUGAGCCCUAUCAGCUCAUCCAGCUCGGACGAGACACCUACGAGUUUAAAGAAGUGGCCAGACUGUAUGAAAGGACGAUGGAUCAUCCAGUCAAAUCCAUCCAGAGGAUUCAGAACCUGGACUUGUGGGAAUUCUUCUGCAGGAAGAAAACACAGUUGCGAAAAGUCAAGCGCACUUUGGAUAUUGAGGAGCGAAUGUUGUUUCACGGCACAGGACACAGCAACAUACAAGCUAUAUGUACGUUUAACUUUGACUGGCGGCUGACAGGAAGCCAUGGCGAUGUCUAUGGCAAAGGGAGCUACUUUGCACGGGAUGCCAAAUACUCAAGUAAAUUCUGCCACACCACAGGGAAGCACAACACCACCCUGCAGAGACAUGGACUCGCCCCGCCAAUAUUUGCCAGUGAGCCGCCCUACAAGACCAUGUUCCUGGCCAGAGUGCUUGUUGGAGAAUACACGGUCGGUCAUCCCAUGUACUGCAGGCCACCCUCCAAGGAUGCCAGCUUCACCAACUUUUACGACAGCUGCGUGGACGAUAUGGCCAACCCAAAGAUUUAUGUCAUUUUCGACAGCAAUCAGAUUUACCCAGAGUAUCUGAUUGAGUUCUACUGAAGCCUGAAACGAGAAGAUGUGUACGUCUUUCUUUUCAUAGAGGCUGGAUCUCAAACAUGGAAAUAUCUUGGAUACAGAAUCAGAUGACAGGACGGAAGGGAAAAAGCUGAAGGGAUAUUUGCUUUUCCUUUCUGACAGAUCCAGUCCCUAACUGGAGCAUGAGUCAUCUAAAGUGCCUUUGGGGAAAAUCAAGACAAUAAAGGCUUUGUGUAUAGUUUGUAUACUGUACAGUGUAUUCAAAGACGGGCCCUUAUGGUUGGAAUGUUUCUGUGAUCUAAGAAGAGUGAAACACUGACUAAAGAUCGGCUCUCGUGGCAGAGUCUGUGCUUGCUUGUUCAAUAUCUGUGCACAGUUGUUUAAAACAAGAGCGACACUCGCAGCCUGUAGGUUAUAGGUGAUGUCCUGCCAUCGGCCACAGCCCUUCCUCCACAUCCACAGUGCCACGCAUGAGCUUAUUUACAAGUCAUGUCGACAUAAUUCCAAAUGACAAAACCAAAAACAUGUUCCUGCUCUCUCAUUUAGCGCCAUGAUGCGUCACUUAGUGACAUUGACAUCUGUGUGUACCUAGUACGAUGUAUUAUGUAGCCAUGGAUUUUUUUUUGUUUUUGUUUAAAAAAAAAAAAACGCUUCUACCUCUACAUGUUUUUUAACCAUGCAUCAGUGCACUUUUCCCCCCUUUCCAUGAAAGGUUUUGUAAUUGUGUCACAAUGACAUAAAGUCGUGAUGUCGUGUUCACUUGUGGUCCUUGAGCGAUAUGUCUCCGUGUAUCUUUUCCUACCAUCGUCUUCAAUCUUGAAAAAGACUUGACAGCGACCGAGGUUGAAUUUUGUGGUUCAACCCAAACUGGAAUAAGAUCAGUUUCAGCAUUGCGUUUGACUCCACCACCUGCUAACAUCUUUCUUUAAAGGAACAAGCAGGUUAUCUUUGCACCUGGUGUAAAUUUAUCAAAAAAGAAAAAGAAUGUAGCCAGCACAUGUAUAGUACUGUAAUGAAACUUAACCACACAAUGUAAUAUUGCUUUGCUGUGUGCGUUUGUUGAAUUCAUUUUAUGAUUGUGUGUUUUUAAGCAAAGAGAAUAACAAAAGCGUAGAGGGUUCUAAGUUUGCCACAAGGUGGCGCAACAGUACAAGAAUAGAUCUGCAGCAGCUCUUGCGUUUCCUCAUAGUAAAUGCAGACAAGUGAAGAAACAACCCAGUGUCUUAAGUCUUAACAAUACAACUGUGUGUAAGUGUAGGGGUGUAUGAAGCUAUAUGUGUGUAAUUUGCACGUCACAACUAAU